UCACAGACAGUACCACCAGGUCCCUCUGUUCUAAGAACAUUUCAGCAACCAUCACUUUUGAAGUCGGAAGACAUUUUAAGCAAAUGUCUCAUUGAAUUUCAAAAUUGCCUACCAUUUGUAUUUAAAAUAUUUCAAACUAUGUCAUCUUCAAUUUUCACAGAUCCUGAAAAAGUAUCUGCAGCUAAUUCCACAAUAGCUACAAUGUAUGGUAUGGCAAUGAACAGAAGGAACAAGGAUUUGUGCGCAGUACAAAAAAUAAACACUUGUGUUGCUCUACGGUUUCAUGCUGGAAAUGAUCUGCUUGAUAUUUUCAACAAAGCAAAUAUAACACUGGCAUCUGGCAGUAAAUAUGGAUUUUUAGAGGACAUGGGCCGUUUCAACACUGAGGGUAUAAUAAGUAGCAUAAGGGAAGGAAAACCGGGAAAAAUUACAGCAGAUAACAUUGAUGGUAUGACAAUUGCAAGAGAUGUGAGACUUACAGGUGGGAAUAAGCACUACCAUUAUACAGCAUCAACGUAUUAUCCAGACAGAGUAGAUGUGUCAGAUUUGGAACACAAUAGAGUUGUGCCUGAGGAAAUUCCUUCCAGUAUUUUUUUUCUAAAUGGAAAUGAGGAAAUGAAACUUAAGGAAAUGUAUGGAUAUAUGGUUGGGAGGAUUAUGGUGGCUUAUUUUCCAGAGGUAAGGUGGAUGGAGUCUUGUAUCCCAAAGCAUAUUCCUCACCCCUACAGUCAGGAAAUGUCAACCAAGUCCCAAAUAUUUCCUCUUAAGGUGAUGAUUUUGAGCAGUCUAAAAUCAUCUUAGGCGGGGAUCAGUUAGUACGAGUUAGGAUGAGUGGGGCAAAAGAUUUGCUUGCUGGAGCCCAUUCAUCUGUUGAAAGACUGGAACACUUCAGUCCCAUCAUUGAAGAAUUGUUCCACAUUGAACAGGAUUUUCUUGAGAAACUUUAUAAGAAAUUCUACACCACCCAGUCUAUGAGGCAGCAGGGGAGCCUUGCCUUCUACAAAUGCCAGUUAAAAAGAUCAAAUGUUAAUGGCCAAGUAAAAGGUGCAUUUCAGCCACAUAGUGACUUUGUCCAUACAGUUGGGGAGGCAUUACUGGUUCGAAUGUGCAUGGAAAAGUUUUCGAUGGACACUUUGGAGAGUAAACCAGAUUUCAGCAAAUUGAAUAUGCCAGAGAAUAUCGGAAAAGCCCAUAUAAAAACAAGGUUGCCAUAUUUUAGACAAGUUGUGGAGCAAAUUGUAGAUGAGCUUUAUAUGGGGUUUAAUGAUCUUGGAUGUUUGCCGCCUGUGACAGUGAAUGUAGAAAAUGUGUCCAUUGAAAUCCCUCGUGAACAGCUAAACAAACAUGAUUUUGUGGAUUUGAAAUUUCCAUCUGGAGCCACUUUUCGUGUUUACAAUGGGAAGGAAAGCACUGAUGAUUUACAAAACUAUACCAUUCAGUUUCUAAUGUGGUACUUGCACUUUGUGGAGUUUCAAGAUGGCAUUAAGGAAGGUGACCCAUACAGAACAAACAUCAACAUAAAGAGGAUGAUACCAUUCUUCUACAGCCACUCAAACAAGUCUAAAUAUGCGGUAGAAUGUAUUGAUUAUAUACUGAAAAGUGAAGUAUUAUUACCCGAAUCUCUGUCUAUGAGACUUAGGUUAAGCAGCUUUGUUAAUCCUCAUGGUAUAAAGGGGGGCAACAAACCUGCCGACAUGCAGCAGGAGAACAAUAUACUUGUCUUAAAAGAUGUUAUCAAAGGCUUGGGUGCUCACAAAACUAAUAAUGCUAUGGAGCGUGCUUCUGCUGCAGCCCCCGUCAUUGCAGAGACGGUCGACAACCAUAUCAGCAAUCUUGGUUGUCAUAUGAGGAGAGGAGUACACUGCACAAAAGACAAGUCAGAAGAUGUGAAGCACCUUGUCGACAUCCUUGGAACUGUUGAACCAUUUAAAGUAGUGGAAAAUCGAAAAAUGGUCUCAUUUUCUUCCUUUAGAAGAAAUCCUUUCUCUACAAUUUCUUGUGAAUUUCAACCCCAUUUAUUGAAAAUAAUAGGUAGAUUAAGAAGGGGCCAGAACAUUGACAUUGAUAAUUACGAUCAGUGAAUGUGGUACUAUAUAAGGUCUCAGUUCAAAUAACAAUGUACCAUCUUAUUCUGUGAUGAAGAGUUUUUGUCAGAAUUUUUUUUUCUUCAAUAAACAUCAUACAUGUA